AAAUUAGUUAUUUUUAAUUUAAUUGUACACACAGCGGGAGUAUUAUUGGAAUGUUCCAAUUUGAGCAAAACUGCAUCUCCUUCUACCAUUACCUUUUGAACAGUAGUGUUACAGUCGCCAGCCUUAUCCUCCAACUUGCGAGAGGUCACCCCUUUAAAUUCGAUAUUUCUUCUUCAAAGACUUUCCAUAAAUAAAACCCAGAUGAUGGUUUCGGCUCUUUUCACUCGUGUAGGCCAAUCUUCAAUAAUCUGCAUACCAAAACUAUUUUCGCCCACUUCAUCAGCUAAACGUAAUCCCAAUAGACCGACUUUACCAUCAAAUUUUGCUCCUUUAAGGUCCUAUCCAAUUGCUGGGAGAAGGUUCAGUUCAGUUUGCUUCUUCAAUUCUGGUGAAAAGAACAAAAACAACGGCAAUUUUGAUGGAGAGGAAGGUGGAUUAGACUGGCCAAUACUUAAAAGAUGGGAUGUGCCUUGGCAAUGGCAAACUGCAUCCUUAACUUCACUCGCUUGUGGAUUAAGUUUUGUUUUGACAGGAUUGGCAGAGACAGCAGCUAUACCACUUCUUGGAAUAAAAAUUGAAGAAUUGAGUUUAGAUGAGAAGGCGGAAUUGCUGCUUUUAGACCAAAGCAUUACCACUGCAGUGAUACUUGGAGUUAUUUAUAGCAUCGCCAAUACCUUCCAACCUCUUCCUGAGGAUAUGUUUCGCUAUGAUUUGAAGGAACCUUUCGAUCUAGAGAAGGGGUGGCUUUUAUGGGCAGUUAUUGGUCUUGUGGCUGCUCUGCUUGCCAUUGCAUUGACAGGGGUUGCGAUGUCCACAUUUAAUGGCGAGCCGCCACAAAGAGAGGCAAUCCUUAUCGUUUAUAUAACAUGGCUGCAGACUGAUGCACUUGUUCGUCUUCUUCCUUUAAUUGGAUCUUCGAGUAUCAGCACUGCUUGCCUGGUGGUCAUCACUGGUGUCCUCGCUCCAAUUCUGGAGGAGACUGUAUUUCGAGGAUUUUUCAUGGUGUCUUUGACAAAGUGGGUACCUACACCAAUUGCUGUCCUAAUUAGUGCUGCUGUAUUUGCAAUAGCACAUCUAACUCCUGGAGAGUUUCCACAGCUGUUUGUGUUAGGUACUGCUCUUGGUUUUUCAUAUGCUCAAACUCGCAACCUUUUGACCUCAAUUACGAUUCAUGCUUGCUGGAACUCCGGGGUAAUCCUAAUUCUCACCUUUCUUCAGCUUCAAGGAUAUGAUAUCAAGGAAAUAUUGCAGGCAACUUGAUAGUGGGGAAGCACAUUUAUUCAUCAGUAGGCGGAAGUUGCGUAAUCAGGACUAAUUCCUAGUUUAUUAUACUUGAUUUUCUUUGUUUCCUUGCAACAAGUGUUUUAGACUAAGAAAAAAUUGGUGCAGGAAAGUUGAUUAGUCACUCCUCUGUGAGAUUAGGUAACAUAAAGGUUUUUUUUGCAGGAUUUGAUUUUAUUCUCCUUAAUAUUCAUUUCACGUAUUCAAUUCAUUAAACACCUUAGGUGUAUAUUUAAAAAACGGCUUAAUACA